CAGACAUCAGCGCACAGAACUUCACCUGUGCGCCAUACACCGUCGGCGACCACACCACAAGAUGGGCGCCAAACUACAGCUCCUGCGCGCAGGUCAUCACCAGAUCGUCGUAUCUCCAGGAGCUCAGGGACUGUGACUGAAGAGCCUCAAGACACAACCCUUGUGGACCCAUCACCCGAUCUGUUUGAGUCUACAGGGUUAACAGACGAGACUUUUCUUGGGUUUGAGGACAGCCGUGCAGACGUAUCCAGCCAGACCCUUGAAAAGUCUUCAAAUACGAGGACAAGUGAAGCUCCUGGAGCAGCGGCACCACAGGAUGGAGAAGUGGUGCCACGGACCAGCAGCGGACUAGCUUCGGGAAUUGGUUCCUACUUCAGGCCGGAUCUCCUCCUACAGGAGUCGUCAGAGGAUGACGAGGUGGAAGUGCAGCAGGCUGCAGUUGCUACAUCCCUGUCUGCCCAAAUGCAAGUGGUGGCAGACGCCCAGGAAGGGCAGAAUCCCUCAACUGUUCAGAGGGUGAACACCCUGGCAUCGGAGAUUACUUCCCGCCAGGAUACUUACACAAAUGUUGUUGGAAGCAGACUGGACAACAUUGAGAGGACAAUGGAGAAGAUGUCAAACAGUCUGCUUGAAAUGCAGAAGGCUCUUGCCGACAGCACGGCCACAAUGCUACAGGUCAGAAUGGACGAUCAUAGGGAGACUAUGGACGUCCUUCACAUUCUGGCCGAAUCCAUGAGCCGGCUCGUGGAGAACACAUCAUGUCUGGCACACAGCAAUACCAACAUGUCGGAGAGCCAUCGACAAUCCUCAUCCAGCCAGCAGCUCAUCGCAACCACACUGCAGAUGAUCUAUGACAAGCUCCCAGAACCAGCUCAUCAACACGCUGGUGAUCCACCAUUUCCGCCGUCACAAGCCACAAGGACGCCUCGUACCCUUCCUCAACUACCAUCCCAGUACAGACAGUCACAGAUGUACCAGGGAUAUACAGGGAUGUACCCCACCCACCAGAUGCCUCCACCACCGGCCGCCACAUCUACAGCCGCAUGGGCACAGAGGCCCAGUCAACGUACUACCAUGCCACCUAGGACAUCGACACCCCACACUCAGGAGGAACACCAGGAUCCGGACAGACUUCCACCAUAAGCCCGGUCGUAUUGUUUUAUUUACUUCAUAUGUUUUUCAUGUAUCCCUUUCUUCCCCUCCCAUUAGUUUUUUUUUUUUUUCUUACUAUUGUUUUUUCUUUGUUGGGCUUCCCCACCCGUGACCGGGUACUACCAAGGAGCUUUGUGUAGGCAUACAUGCGCGGGCAUGUAUGCGGGCGCGUGUGGUAACGGAUGAAAGCUCCUUGUGGCUACAUGUAUGAUGGGCCAAAUAGCAAUUCUGAUACCACUCUUUUACCCAAAAAAUCCUUUUUGUAAUGGUGUACAAUAGGCUUUCACUGUUGUGUGAAUUUACUAUUCAAUAGUGUGUGUUUUUGGCUUAUUCAUAGGAUUGGGUGGAAAAUUGAAGUGGACGGCAUAAGUUCGUGUUGUGCGU